CACUCGGAGCAGCUCUGCCGCGGGGACUGCACCGCCCGCCCUGCCGGACCCGCCCCGACCGGGGUUCGCCGCCUGCAGCCACCGCCGCCGCCGCCGCCGCCGCUCCACCGCCUCGGCCCGCGCGGGCUAUGGCCGUGUCCCGGGGCUGAGCGCGCAGGUUGUGUGAUCCAGAUUCCUGAGAGAGAGACUGAGGAGAAGAGAGGAAGGAGGGCGGGCUCCUGGCAAGGCAUUCGCUAUGGAACCAGUCCUGCAGAAGAUGGAGAAGGAGGAGGAGCCGACCCGGGAGCUGCUGCUGCCCAACUGGCAGGGCAGCGGCUCCCACGGGCUGACCAUCGCCCAGAGGGACGACGGCGUCUUUGUGCAGGAGGUGAUGCAGAACUCCCCUGCGGCCCGCACUGGGGUGGUCAAGGAGGGGGACCAGAUCGUGGGGGCCACUAUCUACUUUGACAACCUGCAGUCAGCCGAGGUGACUCAGCUGCUGAACACCAUGGGCCACCACACCGUGGGCCUGAAGCUGCAUCGCAAGGGGGACCGCUCCCCCGAGCCUGGCCAGACCUGGACUCAUGAAGUCUUCAGCUCCCACAGCUCUGAGGUGGUUCUGAGUGGGGAUGACGAAGACUACCAGCGCAUCUACACCACCAAGAUCAAGCCUCGCCUGAGGUCAGAGGAUGGAGUGGAAGGGGACCUCGGGGAGACCCAGAGCCGCACCAUCACGGUGACCAGGAGGGUCACCGCCUACACUGUGGAUGUGACAGGCCGGGAUGGAGCCAAGGACAUUGAUAUCAGCAGCCCUGAGUUCAAGAUCAAGAUUCCUCGGCACGAAGUGACUGAGAUCUCCACCAUGGAUGUGGAGACCCAGCCAGGCAAGACAGUGAUCAGGCUGCCCUCGGGCUCGGGAGCCACAUCUCCAGCUGCAGGCGCUGCCGUGGACAUCCGGGCAGGGGCUCUGUCUGCUUCAGGACCAGAGCUCCAAGGUGCCGGCCACUCGCAGCUCCAGGUCACCGUCCCUGGCGUCAAGGUGGGGACCCCCAGUAUCAGUGCCAGUGCCAAGGGCUUGGACUUGGGGAGCAAAGUAGGUGUGCAGGUUCCAGGAGGGGACAUUACAUCUUCUCUUGGGGGUGGGGCAGUGGAGCUGCAGAGUGGUGGUGAAGGGAAAAUUAAAAUCCCCACCAUGAAGGUGCCAAAAUUUGGUGUCACCACAGAGUCCGAGGGCCAGGUGCUGGAGGUGGGGCUCAACGUCUCUGCACCCGAGUUCUCUGUGGGUCACAAGGGCAGCAAACCAGGCAUGGUCAUCGGUGGAAGCGUCCAGACCCCUAAGCUAGAGGUCAGUGUCCCCUCUGCUGCUAUCGAGGGGAAGCUGAAGGGCCCGUCCGUUUCUGGCCCAUCCCUUGACCUAGGCCUGAAAGGUGCCAAGAUACAGGGGGCCACGGGGGCCGACAUCUCGAUUCCCAAACUCGAGGGCAGUGUCACUAACCCCAGCAUGGAGGCUCGAGGCCCCGAAGUUGAUAUCCAGGGACCAGGCGGCAAGCUGCACAUGCCCCAGAUGAAAGUCCCCAAAUUCUCAGUGUCAGGUGCUAAGGGAGAGGGACCUGGCCUCAGUGUGACGCUGCCCGAGGGUGAGUUGUCUGGAGGUGUCAGCCUGCCUGAAGUGACAACCGGUGGGCUGGAAGGAAAGUUCAAGGGCGCCAAAGGCAAGAGUCCUGAAUUGAUCGUUCAGAAGCCUAAAAUCUCCAUGCAGGAUGUGGAUCUGAGCCUUGCAUCCCCUAAACUGAAAGGAGACAUCAAAGUCUCCCUUCCUGAGGUGCAAGGUGAGGUGAAAGGCCCACAGGUGUCCGUGAAAGGCUCCAAAAUUGACAUGGAGCUACCCAGCCCAGAGGGGACUCUGACAGGCCCCAAGCUUAGCGGUCCAGCUGGGAAACCAGGAACCUGUAGCAUCUCUAUGGCGGAUGUUGACCUGAAUGUGGCUGCACCCAAAGUGAAAGGUGCUGUAGAGGUCCCCAGAGUGGAGGGCAAAGUCAGGCUCCCUGAAGUUGAUGUCAAAGGCCCCAAAGUGGAGGUCAGUGCCCCAGAGGUGGAUGUGCAUGGGCCAGACUGGAACCUGAAGAUGCCCAAGAUGAAAAUGCCUAAGUUCGGCACAGCAGGCAUCCAAGGGCAAGUCUCAGAGGUAGACGUGACUCUGCCCAAAGGAGAGGUCAGUCUUUCAGGGCCCAAGAUCAACGUGGAGGCUCCAAAUGUCAGCAUAGGGAGCCCGGAGGCCAAAAUUAAAGGACCCGACAUGAAGCUGCCUGACGUCGGUGUCAAGACCCCUAAAAUCUCCAUGCCAGAUGUUGAUCUACAUGUUAAGGGCACCAAGGUGAAGGGAGAAUAUGAUGUAACAGUGCCAAAACUGGAAGGAGAAGUGAAAGGCCCCAAAGUGGACAUUGCUGUUCCAGAUGUGGAAGUUCACAGCCCUGACUGGCACCUGAAGAUGCCCAAGAUGAAGAUGCCCAAGUUCAGUGUUCCUGGAGUGAAAGCUGAGGGCCCAGAGGUGGAUGUGAGUCUGCCCAAGGCCGAUGUGGACAUUUCUGGGCCCAAGGUAGAUAUUACAGCUCCAGACGUCAGUAUCGAGGGUCCAGAAGGGAAACUGAAAGGCCCCAAGUUCAAGAUGCCAGAGAUGAACAUAAAAGCCCCCAAGAUCUCCAUGCCAGAUGUGGACUUACAUCUGAAGGGCCCUAAAGUCAAAGGGGAAUAUGAUGUCACAGUGCCAAGGGUCGAAGGGGAGGCCAAGGUUCCAGAUGUUGAACUUAAAAGUGCCAAAGUGGACAUUGGGGCACCAGAUGUGGAAGUUCAUGGCCCAGACUGGCACCUAAAGAUGCCCAAGAUGAAAAUGCCCAAGUUUGGCGUGCCAGGCUUCAAAGCAGAGGGCCCAGAAGUGGAGGUGAACCUGCCCAAGGCUGACUUUGACGUCUCAGUCCCCAAGGUGGAUGUUGGCAUACCAGAAGUGAGUCUUGAGGGGCCUGAUGUGAAGGUGAAGGGUCCUAAGUUCAAGAUGCCUGAGAUGAACAUCAAGGCCCCCAAGAUCUCCAUGCCUGAUGUGGAUUUGCAUAUGAAAGGUCCCAGGGUGAAGGGAGAAUAUGACGUCACAGUGCCAAAGUUGGAAGGGGACUUGAAAGGACCAAAAGUAGAUGUCAGUGCUCCAGAUGUUGACAUUCAUGGUCCUGAGUGGAACCUGAAGAUGCCAAAGAUGAAAAUGCCCAAAUUUACCAUGCCAAGCCUGAAAGGAGAGGGCCCAGAGCUGGAUGUGAACUUGCCCAAAGCUGAUGUGGACAUUUCUGUACCAAAAGUAGAUCUUAGUGCUCCAGAUCUCAGCCUUGAAGGACCAGAAGGGAAGCUGAAGGGCCCCAAGUUUAAGAUGCCUGAAAUGCACUUCAAAGCCCCUAAGAUGUCUCUGCCAGAUGUGGACCUAGAUCUUAAAGGAUCCAAAAUGAAAGGAAACCUAGUUGUGUCAGCACCAAAACUUGAAGGUGAAGUGAAAGUGCCAGAGGUGGACAUCAAAGGUCCCAAUGUAGACAUUAAAGCACCAGAUGUGGAAGUUCAGGGAGCAGACUGGAGCUUGAAGAUGCCCAAGAUGAAGAUGCCCAAGUUCAGCAUGCCAAGCUUCAAAAGUGAAGGCCCAGAAGUGGACGUGAACCUGCCCAAAGCUGACAUUAACAUAUCAGCACCAAAGGUGGACAUUGAAGCUCCAGAUGUGAGCCUUGAGUGCCCAGAUGCAAAACUGAAAGGCCCCAAGUUCAAGAUGCCAGACAUGCACUUCAAGGCCCCCAAGAUCUCCAUGCCUGACGUGGACUUGCACAUGAGAGCCCCCAAAAUCAAGGGGGAGAUGGACGUGUCUGUGCCCAAGAUUGAAGGUGAAGUGAAAGUGCCAGAGGUGGACAUUAAAGGACCCAAAGUUGACAUCAGUGCCCCAGAUGUGGAUAUGCAUGGCCCAGACUGGCACCUGAAGAUGCCUAAGAUGAAGAUGCCCAAGUUCAGCGUGCCAGGCUUCAAAGCAGAGGGCCCAGAAGUGGAUGUGAACCUGCCCAAGGCUGACCUUGAUGUCUCAGGCCCCAAGGUGGACAUUGAAGCUCCAGAUGUGAGCCUUGAGUGUCCAGAUGCAAAACUGAAAGGCCCCAAGUUCAAGAUGCCAGACAUGCACUUCAAGGCCCCCAAGAUCUCCAUGCCUGACGUGGACUUGCACAUGAAAGCCCCCCAAAUCAAGGGGGAGAUGGAUGUGUCUGUGCCCAAGAUUGAAGGUGAAGUGAAAGUGCCAGAGGUGGACAUUAAAGGGCCCAAAGUUGACAUCAGUGCCCCAGAUGUGGAUGUGCAUGGCCCAGACUGGCACCUGAAGAUGCCUAAGAUGAAGAUGCCCAAGUUCAGCAUGCCAGGCUUUAAAGCAGAGGGCCCAGAAGUAGAUGUGAACCUGCCCAAGGCUGACCUUGAUGUCUCAGGCCCCAAGGUGGACAUUGAAGGUCCAGAUGUGAGCCUUGAGUGCCCAGAUGCAAAACUGAAAGGCCCCAAGUUCAAGAUGCCAGACAUGCACUUCAAGGCCCCCAAGAUCUCCAUGCCUGACGUGGACUUGCACAUGAAAGCCCCCCAAAUCAAGGGGGAGAUGGACGUGUCUGUGCCCAAGAUUGAAGGUGAAGUGAAAGUGCCAGAUGUGGACAUUAAAGGACCCAAAGUUGACAUCAGUGCCCCAGAUGUGGAUGUGCAUGGCCCAGACUGGCACCUGAAGAUGCCCAAGAUGAAGAUGCCCAAGUUCAGUGUGCCAGGCUUCAAAGCAGAGGGCCCAGAAGUGGAUGUGAACCUGCCCAAGGCUGACCUUGAUGUCUCAGGCUCCCAGGUGGACAUUGACAUGCCAGAUGUGAAUAUUGAAGGUCCAGAUGCAAAACUGAAAGGUCCCAAGUUCAAGAUGCCCGAGAUGAAUGUCAAGGCCCCCAAGAUCUCCAUGCCUGAUGUGAACCUGAAUCUUAAAGGGCCAAAACUCAAGGGUGAUAUGGAUGUCUCUUUGCCUGAUGUGGAAGGUGAAGUGAAAGUGCCAGAUGUGAACAUCAAAGGGCCCAAAGUUGACGUCAGUGCCCCAGAUGUGGACGUGCAUGGCCCAGACUGGCACCUGAAGAUGCCCAAGGUGAAAAUGCCCAAAUUCAGCAUGCCGGGCUUCAAGGCAGAGGGCCCAGAAGUGGAUGUGAACCUGCCCAAGGCUGACCUUGAUGUCUCAGGCCCCAAGGUGGACAUUGAAUGCCCAGAUGUGAAUAUUGAAGGUCCGGAUGCGAAACUGAAGGGUCCUAAGUUCAAGAUACCCGAUGUGAAUAUAAAACCCCAGAAGAUUUCCAUGCCAGAUGUUAGUUUGCAUUUAAAAGGUCCUAAACUGAAAGGUGACUCUGACGUUAAAGCUCCAAAAGUAGAAGGAGAGAUAAAAGUUCCAGAUGUUGACAUUAAAGGUCCCAAAGUGGAUAUUAAUGCACCAGAUGCAGGCAUGCAUGGCCCAGACUGGCACCUGAAGAUGCCCAAGGUGAAGAUGCCCAAGUUCAGCAUGCCAGGCUUCAAAGGAGAGGGCCCAGAGGUAGAUGUGAACCUGCCCAAGGCUGACCUGGAUGUCUCAGGCCCCAAGGUGGACAUUGACUUGCCAGAUGUGAACAUUGAAGGUCUAGAUGCCAAAUUGAAGGGCCCCAAGUUCAAGAUGCCCGGCAUGAAUAUACAGACCCACAAAAUCUCUAUGCCUGAUGUUGGGCUUAAUCUGAAAGGCCCUAAACUGAAAACAGAUGCAAGUGUUUCCCUCCCCAAAGUGGAAGGAGAUGUGAAAGUUCCUGAAAUUGAUGUGAAAGCACCCAAGAUGGAUGUGGAUGUUGGUGAUAUUGACAUUGAAGGCCCAGAAGGAAAGUUGAAAGGCCCCAAGUUCAAGAUGCCAGACAUGCACUUCAAGGCCCCCAAGAUCUCCAUGCCUGACGUGGACUUGCACAUGAAAGCCCCCAAAAUCAAAGGGGAGAUGGACGUGUCUGUGCCCAAGAUUGAAGGUGAAGUGAGAGUGCCAGAUGUGGAUGUUAAGGGCCCCAAAGUGGACAUUGAUGUUCCUGAUGUGGACGUGCAUGGCCCAGACUGGCACCUGAAGAUGCCCAAGGUGAAGAUGCCCAAGUUCAGCAUGCCAGGCUUCAAAGGAGAGGGCCCAGAAGUGGACGUGAACCUACCCAAGGCCGACAUCAAUGUUUCUGGCCCAAAUAUGGACAUUGAUGCUCCUGAUUUGGAUAUUGAGGGACCAGAAGGAAAAGUCAAAGGCUCCAAAUUUAAGAUGCCCAAGUUGAACAUCAAGGCCCCCAAGAUCUCCAUGCCAGAUGUGGAUUUGAAUUUGAAGGGACCCAAACUGAAAGGAGAGAUCGAUGCUUCUGUGCCAGAACUAGGAGGUGAGCUAAGAGGCCCGCAAGUUGAUAUCAAAGGUCCCAGUGUGGAUGUGGAGGUUCCAGAUGUGAGUCUUGAAUGCCCAGAUGCGAAACUGAAGGGUCCUAAGUUCAAGAUGCCAGACAUGCACUUCAAGACCCCCAAGAUCUCCAUGCCUGAUAUGAACUUGCACUUGAAAGGCCCCAAGGUCAAAGGAGAUGUGGACGUGUCUGUGCCGAAAUUGGAGGGAGACCUGAAGGGACCCAGUGUGGAUGUGGAGGUGCCUGAUGUAGAGCUGGAAUGUCCUGAUGCCAAGUUGAAAGGCCCCAAGUUCAAGAUGCCAGACAUGCACUUCAAGGCCCCCAAGAUCUCCAUGCCUGAUGUGGACUUGCACAUGAAAGCCCCCAAAAUCAAGGGGGAGAUGGACGUGUCUGUGCCCAAGAUUGAAGGUGAAGUGAAAGUGCCAGAUGUGGAUGUUAAGGGCCCCAAAGUGGACAUUGAUGUUCCUGAUGUGGACGUGCAUGGCCCAGACUGGCACCUGAAGAUGCCUAAGGUGAAGAUGCCCAAGUUCAGCAUGCCAGGCUUCAAAGCAGAGGGCCCAGAAGUGGAUGUGAACCUGCCCAAGGCUGACCUUGAUGUCUCAGGCCCCAAGGUAGACAUUGAAGCUCCAGAUGUGAGCCUUGAGUGCCCAGAUGCAAAACUGAAAGGCCCUAAAUUCAAGAUGCCGGACAUGCACUUCAAGGCCCCCAAGAUCUCCAUGCCUGACGUGGACUUGCACAUGAAAGCCCCCCAAAUCAAGGGGGAGAUGGACGUGUCUGUGCCCAAGAUUGAAGGUGAAGUGAAAGUGCCAGAAGUGGACAUUAAAGGGCCCAAAGUUGACAUCAGUGCCCCAGAUUUGGAUGUACAUGGCCCAGACUGGCACCUGAAGAUGCCCAAGAUGAAGAUGCCCAAGUUCAGCAUGCCAGGCUUCAAAGCAGAGGGCCCAGAAGUGGAUGUGAACCUGCCCAAAGCUGACCUUGAUGUCUCAGGCCCCAAGGUGGACAUUGAAGGUCCAGAUGUGAGCCUUGAGUGCUCAGAUGCAAAACUGAAAGGCCCCAAGUUCAAGAUGCCAGACAUGCACUUCAAGGCCCCCAAGAUCUCCAUGCCUGACGUGGACUUGCACAUGAAAGCCCCCAAAAUCAAGGGGGAUAUGGACGUGUCUGUGCCCAAGAUUGAAGGUGAAGUGAAAGUGCCAGAGGUGGACAUUAAAGGGCCCAAAGUUGACUUAAGUGCCCCAGAUGUGGAUGUGCAUGGCCCAGACUGGCACCUGAAGAUGCCUAAGAUGAAGAUGCCCAAGUUCAGCAUGCCAGGCUUCAAAGCAGAGGGCCCAGAAGUGGAUGUGAACCUGCCCAAGGCUGACCUUGAUGUUUCAGGCCCCAAGGUGGACAUUGAAGGUCCAGAUGUGAGCCUUGAAUGCCCAGAUGCGAAACUGAAGGGUCCUAAGUUCAAGAUGCCAGACAUGCACUUCAAGACCCCCAAGAUCUCCAUGCCUGAUAUGAACUUGCACUUGAAAGGCCCCAAAGUCAAAGGAGAUGUGGAUGUGUCUGUGCCGAAAUUGGAGGGAGACCUGAAGGGACCCAGUGUGGAUGUGGAGGUGCCUGAUGUAGAGCUGGAAUGUCCUGAUGCCAAGUUGAAAGGCCCCAAGUUCAAGAUGCCAGACAUGCACUUCAAGGCCCCCAAGAUCUCCAUGCCUGACGUGGACUUGCACAUGAAAGCCCCCAAAAUCAAGGGGGAGAUGGACGUGUCUGUGCCCAAGAUUGAAGGUGAAGUGAAAAUGCCAGAUGUGGACAUUAAAGGGCCCAAAGUUGACAUCAGUGCCCCAGAUGUGGAUGUGCAUGGCCCAGACUGGCAUCUUAAGAUGCCCAAGAUGAAGAUGCCCAAGUUCAGCGUGCCAGGCUUCAAAGCAGAGGGCCCAGAAGUGGAUGUGAACCUGCCCAAGGCUGACCUUGAUGUCUCAGGCCCCCAGGUGGACAUUGACAUGCCAGAUGUGAAUAUUGAAGGUCCAGAUGCAAAGCUGAGAGGCCCCAAGUUCAAGAUGCCAGACAUGCACUUUCAUGCUCCCAAGAUCUCCAUGCCCGAUGUUGAUUUCAACUUAAAGGGACCUAAAAUCAAAGGCGAUGUUGAUGUUUCCAUUCCAAAACUAGAAGGAGAGCUCAAGGGUCCAGAAUUUGAUGUUAAGGGCCCUAAACUUGAUGCUGACAUGCCAGAUGUGACUGUGGAAGGGCCAGAUGGUAAAUGGAAAAGUCCUAAGUUUAAGAUGCCAGACAUGCACUUUAAAACUCCCAAAAUCUCCAUGCCAGAUAUUGAUCUACACUUAAAAAGCCCCAAGAUAAAGGGAGAGGUGGGUGUUGAUGUUCCUAAGUUGGAAGGUGACCUCAAAGGCCCAGAUGUUGAUAUUGAAGGACCAGAGGGCAAAUUGAAAGGCCCCAAGUUCAAGAUGCCUGACAUGCACUUCAAAGCCCCAAAUAUUUCUAUGCCUGAUGUGGACCUAAAUCUGAAAGCUCCCAAACUCAAAGGAGAGGUAGAUGUGUCUGUGCCUGAUGUAGAAGGUAAAAUCAAAGCACCAGAUGUGAACCUCAAAGGACCCAAAGUAGACAUUAAUGCUCCCGAAGUUCAUGGCCCAGACUGGCACCUGAAGAUGCCCAAAAUGAAGAUGCCCAAGAUCAGCAUGCCGGGCUUCAAAGCAGAGGGCCCAGAAGUGGAUGUGAACCUGCCCAAGGCUGAUCUUGAUGUCUCAGGCUCCAAGGUGGACAUUGACAUGCCAGAUGUGAAUAUUGAAGGUCCAGAUGCAAAGCUGAAAGGCCCUAAAUUCAAGAUGCCCGAGAUGAACAUCAAGGCCCCCAAGAUCUCCAUGCCUGACUUUGACUUACAUCUGAAAGGUCCUAAGGUCAAAGGAGAUGUGGACGUUUCUCUUCCCAAGGUGGAAGGUGACCUGAAGGCUCCUGAUGUUGACAUCAAAGGCCCCAAAGUGGACAUUGAUGCCCCAGAUGUGGAUGUGCAUGGCCCAGACUGGCACCUGAAGAUGCCCAAGAUAAAGAUGCCCAAGAUCAGCAUGCCAGGCUUCAAAGCAGAGGGCCCAGAAGUGGAUGUGAACCUGCCCAAGGCUGACCUUGAUGUCUCAGGCCCCAAGGUGGACAUUGACAUGCCAGAUGUGAAUAUUGAAGGUCCAGAUGCAAAGCUGAAAGGCCCUAAAUUCAAGAUGCCCGAGAUGAACAUCAAGGCCCCCAAGAUCUCCAUGCCUGACUUUGACUUACAUCUGAAAGGUCCUAUGGUCAAAGGAGAUGUGGACAUUUCUCUGCCCAAGGUGGAAGGUGACCUGAAAGCUCCUGAUGUUGACAUCAAAGGCCCCAAAGUGGACAUUGAUGCCCCAGAUGUGGACGUGCAUGGCCCAGACUGGCACCUGAAGAUGCCCAAGAUGAAAAUGCCGAAGUUCAGCAUGCCAGGCUUCAAAGCAGAGGGCCCAGAAGUGGAUGUGGACCUGCCCAAGGCUGACCUUGAUGUCUCAGGCCCCAAGGUGGACAUUGACAUGCCAGAUGUGAAUAUUGAGGGUCCAGAUGCAAAGCUGAAAGGCCCUAAAUUCAAGAUGCCCGAGAUGAACAUCAAGGCCCCCAAGAUCUCCAUGCCUGACUUUGACUUACAUCUGAAAGGUCCUAAGGUCAAAGGAGAUGUGGACAUUUCUCUGCCCAAGGUGGAAGGUGACCUGAAGGCUCCUGAUGUUGACAUCAAAGGCCCCAAAGUGGACAUUGAUGCCCCAGAUGUGGAUGUGCAUGGCCCAGACUGGCACCUGAAGAUGCCCAAGAUAAAGAUGCCCAAGAUCAGCAUGCCAGGCUUCAAAGCAGAGGGCCCAGAAGUGGAUGUGAACCUGCCCAAAGCUGACCUUGAUGUCUCAGGUCCCAAGGUGGACAUUGACAUGCCAGAUGUGAAUAUUGAAGGUCCGGAUGCAAAACUGAAAGGCCCCAAGUUCAAGAUGCCCGAGAUGAACAUCAAGGCCCCCAAGAUCUCUAUGCCUGACAUUGACUUAAACCUGAAGGGCCCCAAGGUGAAAGGUGAUGUAGACAUGUCUUUACCAAAAGUGGAAGGUGAUAUUAAAGUUCCUGAGGUGGAUAUCAAAGGCCCUAAAAUGGACAUUGAUGUCCCAGAUGUGGACAUGCAUGGCCCAGACUGGCACCUGAAGAUGCCCAAGAUGAAGAUGCCCAAGAUCAGCAUGCCAGGCUUCAAAGCAGAGGGCCCAGACGUAGAUGUGAACCUGCCCAAAGCUGACCUUGAUGUCUCAGGCCCCAAGGUGGACAUUGACUUGCCAGAUGUGAACAUUGAAGGCCCUGAUGCUAAAUUGAAGGGUCCCAAGUUCAAGAUGCCAGAGAUGAACAUAAAAGCUCCUAAGAUCUCCAUGCCAGAUUUGGAUCUUAACAUUAAAGGCCCUAAAAUCAAAGGAGAUGUGGAUGUUUCACUUCCAAAUGUAGAAGGUGGCUUGAAAGGGCCUAGUCUUGACAUCAAGGGCCCAAAGAUGGAUGUAGAUGCUCCAGAUAUUGACAUUCAUGGCCCAGAAGGUAAAUUAAAAGGCCCCAAACUAACGAUGCCUGACAUGCAUGUGAACAUGCCCAAAAUCUCCAUGCCAGAAAUUGACUUGAAUUUGAAAGGCUCAAAGCUCAAGGGCGAUAUUGAUGUAUCUGGACCCAAGUUGGAAGGUGGCAUUAAAUCUCCCAAGUUGGAUGUGAAGGGCCCAGAAGUGGACAUUUCUGGUCCCAAGGUCAACAUUGAAAGCAAGUCGAAGAAGUCUCGUUUUAAGUUUCCCAAGUUUAAUUUUUCGAGUCCCAAAGUUCAGACACCUGAAGUGGAUGUCAAAGUUAAAAAGCCAGAUAUUGAUGUAACUGGCCCAAAAGUUGAUAUUAAUGCCCCUGAUGUUGAGGUCCAAGGAAAAGUAAAAGGAUCCAAGUUCAAAAUGCCGUUCCUGAGUAUUUCAUCUCCCAAAGUAUCUAUGCCUGAUGUGGAAUUAAAUCUUAAAGGUCCUAAAGUCAAAGGCGACUUAGAUGUGGCAGCUCCAAACUUGGAAGGUGACUUUAAAGGGCCCACACUGGAUGUGAAGGCACCAGACAUUCAUAUGGAUGUACCUGAUGUGGAUGUUCAUGGCCCAGAGUGGAACUUGAAGAUGCCCAAGAUGAAAAUGCCUAAAUUUGGCUUAACUGGUGUAAAAGCAGAAGGGCCAGAUGUAGCUGUGGACCUGCCAAAAGGAGACAUCAACAUAGAGGGUCCUGGUAUGAACAUUGAGGGCCCAGAAAUCAAUGUAGAAGGUCUAGAAGGAAGCUUAAAAGGCCCCAAACUCAAGAUGCCAGACGUGAAUAUCAAAGCUCCCAAGAUCUCUAUGCCUGACAUUGAUGUAAACCUGAAGGGCCCCAAGGUCAAAGGUGAUAUAGAUGUGUCUGUGCCCAAGAUUGAAGGUGAAGUGAAAGUGCCAGAUGUGGACAUCAAAGGUCCUAAAGUGGAUGUCAGUGCCCCAGAAGUGGACACACAUGGCCCAGACUGGCACCUGAAGAUGCCCAAGAUGAAGAUGCCCAAGUUCAGCAUGCCAGGCUUCAAAGCAGAGGGCCCAGAAGUGGAUGUGAACCUGCCCAAAGGUGACCUUGAUGUCUCAGGCCCCAAGGUGGACAUUGACAUGCCAGAUGUGAAUAUUGAAGGUCCAGAUGCCAAAUUGAAGGGCCCCAAGUUCAAGAUGCCUGAAAUGAACAUCAAAGCCCCUAAAAUCUCUAUGCCUGAUCUUGAUCUGAAUCUGAAGGGUCCCAAAAUAAAGGGUGACAUGGUUGUGUCUUUGCCUAAAGUAGAAGGUGAACUCAAGGGCCCGGAAGUGGAUAUCAAAGGUCCCAAAGUGGACAUUGACACUCCUGAUGUUAGCAUUGAAGGCCCAGAGGGGAAACUAAAGGGUCCCAAGUUCAAGAUGCCAGAGAUGCACAUCAAGGCUCCCAAAAUAUCGAUGCCAGAUAUUGACUUAAACUUGAAGGGUCCUAAGCUGAAGGGUGAUGCAGAUGUUUCCCUUCCCAAGAUUGAAGGAGACCUUAAAGGCCCUGAGAUUGAUAUCAAAGGCCCCAAGGUGGACAUUGAUGUCCCAGAUGUAGAUGUGCAUGGUCCAGACUGGCACCUGAAGAUGCCCAAGGUGAAGAUGCCCAAGUUCAGCAUGCCAGGUUUCAAAGCAGAGGGCCCAGAAGUGGAUGUGAACCUGCCCAAGGCUGACCUUGAUGUCUCAGGCCCCAAGGUGGAUGUUGACAUGCCAGAUGUGAAUAUUGAGGGUCCAGAUGCAAAGCUGAAAGGCCCUAAAUUCAAGAUGCCCGAGAUGAACAUCAAGACCCCCAAGAUCUCCAUGCCUGACUUUGACUUACAUCUGAAAGGUCCUAAGGUCAAAGGAGAUGUGGAUGUUUCUCUUCCCAAGGUGGAAGGUGACCUGAAGGCUCCUGAUGUUGACAUCAAAGGCCCCAAAGUAGACAUUGAUGCCCCAGAUGUGGAUGUGCAUGGCCCAGACUGGCACCUGAAGAUGCCCAAGAUAAAGAUGCCCAAGAUCAGCAUGCCAGGCUUCAAAGCAGAGGGCCCAGAAGUGGAUGUGAACCUGCCCAAGGCUGAUCUUGAUGUCUCAGGCCCCACGGUGGACAUUGACAUGCCAGAUGUGAAUAUUGAAGGCCCAGAUGCAAAGUUGAAAGGCCCUAAAUUCAAGAUGCCCGAGAUGAACAUCAAGGCCCCCAAGAUCUCCAUGCCUGACUUUGACUUACAUCUGAAAGGUCCUAAGGUCAAAGGAGAUGUGGAUGUUUCUCUUCCCAAGGUAGAAGGUGACCUGAAGGCUCCUGAUGUUGACAUCAAAGGCCCCAAAGUGGACAUUGAUGCCCCAGAUGUGGACAUGCAUGGCCCAGACUGGCACCUGAAGAUGCCCAAGAUAAAGAUGCCCAAGAUCAGCAUGCCAGGCUUCAAAGCAGAGGGCCCAGAAGUGGAUGUGGACUUGCCCAAGGCUGACCUUGAUGUCUCAGGCCCCAAAGUGGACAUCGAAGCUCCUGACAUUGACAUUCAUGGCCCAGAAGGGAAGCUGAAGGGCCCCAAGUUUAAAAUGCCUGACCUCCACCUGAAGGCCCCCAAGAUCUCCAUGCCUGAAGUUGACUUGAACCUGAAGGGCCCCAAGGUAAAGGGUGACAUGGACGUUUCCCUGCCCAAAGUGGAAGGUGAACUCAAGGGUCCUGAAGUUGACCUGAAGGGCCCCAAAGUGGACAUUGAUGUCCCAGAUGUGGACGUGCAUGGCCCAGACUGGCACCUGAAGAUGCCCAAGGUGAAGAUGCCCAAGUUCAGCAUGCCAGGUUUCAAAGCAGAGGGCCCAGAAGUGGAUGUGAAUCUGCCCAAGGCUGACCUUGAUGUCUCAGGCCCCAAGGUGGAUGUUGACAUGCCAGAUGUGACUGUUGAGGGUCCAGAUGCCAAAUUUAAGGGUCCCAAGUUCAAGAUGCCCGAGAUGAACAUCAAGGCCCCCAAGAUCUCCAUGCCCGACUUUGACUUACAUCUGAAAGGUCCUAAGGUCAAAGGAGAUGUGGACGUUUCUCUCCCCAAGGUGGAAGGUGACCUGAAGGCUCCUGAUGUUGACAUCAAAGGCCCCAAAGUGGACAUUGAUGCCCCAGAUGUGGAUGUGCAUGGCCCAGACUGGCACCUGAAGAUGCCCAAGAUAAAGAUGCCCAAGAUCAGCAUGCCAGGCUUCAAAGCAGAGGGCCCAGAAGUGGAUGUGAACCUGCCCAAAGCUGACCUUGAUGUCUCAGGCCCCAAGGUGGACAUUGACAUGCCAGAUGUGAAUAUUGAAGGUCCAGAUGCAAAACUGAAAGGCCCCAAGUUCAAGAUGCCCGAGAUGAACAUCAAGGCUCCCAAGAUCUCCAUGCCUGACAUUGACUUUAACUUGAAGGGUCCUAAAGUGAAGGGUGAUGUUGAUCUCUCUCUCCCCAAAGUGGAAGGUGAUCUCAAGGGUCCUGAAAUUGACCUAAAGGGACCUAAAUUGGACAUUGAUAUUCCUCAUGUUAAUAUUGAAGGUCCAGAAGGGAAUUUGAAGGGCCCCAAAUUCAAGAUGCCCGAGAUGCACAUCAAAGCUCCCAAGAUUUCUAUGCCUGACUUUGACUUACAUAUGAAAGGGCCAAAAGUAAAGGGAGAUGUUGAUCUCUCCCUCCCUAAGGUAGAUGCUGACCUGAAAGGCCCAGAGAUGGACAUUGAGGGACCAGAAGGGAAACUCAAAGGUCCCAAACUGAAGAUGCCUGAUGUCCAUUUCAAAACUCCUCAAAUCUCCAUGGGUGACAUUGAUUUGAACUUGAAAGGACCUAAGAUUAAAGGAGAUUUGGAUGUUUCUGUUCCUAAGUUAGAAGGAGAUCUAACAGGCCCCAACAUUGAUAUUAAAGGCCCUAAGCUGGACAUUGAAGCUCCUGACGUUGACAUUCAUGGCCCAGAAGGGAAGCUGAAGGGCCCCAAGUUUAAAAUGCCUGACCUCCACCUGAAGGCCCCCAAGAUCUCCAUGCCUGAAGUUGACUUGAACCUGAAGGGCCCCAAGGUAAAGGGUGACAUGGACGUUUCCCUGCCCAAAAUGGAAGGUGAACUCAAGGGUCCUGAAGUUGACCUGAAGGGCCCCAAAGUGGACAUUGAUGUCCCAGAUGUGGACGUGCUUGGCCCAGAUUGGCACCUGAAGAUGCCUAAGGUGAAGACGCCCAAGUUUAGCAUGCCAGGUUUCAAAGCAGAGGGCCCAGAAGUGGAUGUGAACCUGCCCAAGGCUGACCUUGACGUCUCAGGCCCCAAGGUGGACAUUGACUUGCCAGAUGUGAACAUUGAAGGCCCUGAUGCUAAAUUGAAGGGUCCCAAGUUCAAGAUGCCUGAGAUCAACAUCAAAGCUCCGAAGAUCUCCAUGCCUGAUGUUGACCUGGAUUUGAAAGGACCUAAAGUGAAAGGAGAUUUUGAUGUGUCUCUUCCCAAGAUGGAAGGCACUCUGAAAGGCCCAGAGGUAGAUCUUAAAGGUCCAGGUCUGGAUUUUGAAGGCCCUGAUGCCAAACUUAGUGGGCCCGGUUUGAAGAUGCCAUCACUGGAUAUAUCUGCCCCGAAAAUAACUGCUCCUGAUAUUGACUUGCAUCUCAAGGCCCCCAAAAUUGGAGUUUCUGGUCCCAAGUUAGAAGGUGGUGAACUGGACCUCAAGGGUCCCAAAGUUGACUUAGAGGCACCGAAUGUGGAUGUGCACAUGGAGAGCCCAGACAUUAACAUUGAGGGACCAGAUGUCAAAAUUCACAAAUUUAAGAAACCCAAGUUUGGCUUUGGGGCCAAAAGCCCCAAAGCUGACAUCAAAGCACCUUCACUUGAUGUGACAGUUCCGGAAGCAGAGCUGAACCUCGAGGUUCCUGAAAUUAGUGUUGGCAGCAAGGGCAAGAAGAGUAAGUUUAAAAUGCCCAAAAUUCACAUGAGCGGCCCCAAAAUCAAGGCCAAGAAGCAGGGUUUUGAUCUGAAUGUUCCUGAGGGUGAAGUUGAUGCCACCCUCAAGGGUCCUGAUGUUGAUAUCAGCGUCACAGGGCCUGAUGCCACACUGAAGGCAGAUGCGAAGUCUCCCAGAGCCAAGAAAACAAUGUUUGGAAAAAUGUACUUCCCAGACGUCGAAUUUGACAUCAAAUCACCUAAAUUUAAAGCGGAGGCUCCUCUCCCUAGCCCCAAAAUGGAGGGUGAAAUCCAGGCCCCUUAUCUGGAUAUUUCUUCACCGGGGAUCCACGUGGAAGGUGCUGACCUCAAGCUGAAGGCUCCCAAGCUCAAAGUGCCCGAUGUGGAAGUCUCAGGGCCAAAAAUAGAGGGUGGCUUGAAAGGCCCCAAGCUGCAGGCAAACCUGGAAGCACCUGACAUCCACCUCGAAGGCCCAGAUGCUAAAGUCAAAGCUCCAUCCUUUGGCAUUUCUGCCCCUCAAGUCUCCGUCCCCGAUGUGAAUGUGAACUUGAAAGGACCAAAGAUGAAGGGCGAGGUCCCCAUCGUGGGACUGGAAGGACCAGAAGUAGAUCUGCAAGGUCCGGACUCGAAAAUCAAGUUCCCCAAGUUUUCGAUGCCCCAAAUCGGUGUCCCUGGCGUGAAAGUGGAAGGAGGGGUGGCUGAGGCCCACGCCCAGCUGCCCACUCUGGAGGGAGGCUUGAGUGCACCGGACGUUAAACUUGAAGGGCCAGAUGUGUCUCUGAAAGGGCCAAAGGUAGACCUCUCUAUGCCAAAAGCCUCUGGGCCUGACCUUGACCUGAACUUGAAAGGGCCAAGCUUGAAGGGAGAAGUGGAUGUAUCCGUUCCCAGCGUGAAAGUGAAUGUCCCCGGGUUUGACCUCAGAGGUGUCGGGGGAAAGGUGAAGCUGGAAGGAGAUGGUGUGAAGGUCCCAGGAGUUGAUGCCACCACAGGGCUCAGUGUUGGUGCCCCAGAUGUGACCCUGAAGGGACCAAGCCUACAAGGAGACCUGGCUGUCUCUGGCGACAUCAAAUGCCCAAAAGUGUCCGUCGGUGCUCCAGAUCUGAACCUGGAGGCAUUUGAAGGCGGCAUCAAGCUCCCCCAGAUGAAGCUGCCCCAGUUUACUCUCUCUACCCCAGGUUCCGAGGUGGACAUGAACAUCAAGGGGCCCCAAGUCAAAGGAGAACUAAAGGGGCCUGGCCUGGAUGUGAACCUGGGUGGCCUUAGCCUGAAAGGGCCCCAGAUCUCUGGCCCUCAAGUCUCAGCACCAGAUGUGGACUUAAAGUUGCAAGGACCAAAAGUGAAAGGGAACCUGGGAGCCACUGGUGAGAUGAAAGGCCUCUCCAUGGGAGGGGGUCUCACAGACAUCAGUGUCCCGGGCCUUGAAGGCAACCUCCAGAUGCCUGGAUUGAAGUCCUCUGGAUGCCAUGCGGAGCUGCCAGGUAUGAAUGUGAAGCUUCCCGCUGGGCAUAUCUCUGGCCCUGAAAUCAAAGGUGAUUUGAAAGGUUCAGGACUUGGUCUCCAUGGAGCAGCUCCUGACAUCAGCGUGAAGGGGCCUUCCUUUAACGUGUCCCCUCCUGAGUCAGAUUUCGGUGUCAGCUUGAAGGGCCCAAAAAUCAAAGGUGGUGUGGACAUUUCAGGGGCCGUUGGCGCCCCAGAUAUCAGCCUGGGGGAAGGGCAUCUGAGCGCCAAAGGUUCUACUGGGGGACUACAUUUCUCAGGACCAAAGGUGGAAGGAGGUGUGAAAGGAGGUUCGAUCGGACUCCAGGGUCCUGGGCUGAGUGUAUCUGGUGGGCCUCAAGGCCACUUGGAAAGCGGAUCUGGCAAAGUCACAUUCCCCAAAAUGAAGAUCCCCAAGUUCACUGUCUCAGGCCGGGAGCUGGUAGGCAGAGAAGUGGGGGUGGACAUCAACUUCCCCAAAGUGGAAGCCAAUGUCCAGGCUGGCACCGGAGAUGCCGAGUACGAAGAGGGCGACAUCAAACUGAAGAAAUCCAAGAUCAAAAUGCCCAAGUUCACUUUUUCCAAAGGUAAAGGCAAAGGUGGCAUGACGGGCUCACCAGAAGCAUCCAUCUCUGGGUCCAAAGGUGACCUCAAGAGCUCCAAGGCCAGCCUCGGCUCCCUGGAGGGAGAGGUAGAGGCUGAAGCAUCUUCUCCCAAAGGCAAAUUCUCCUUAUUUAAGAGCAAGAAACCGAGGCACCGCUCAAACUCCUUCAGUGAUGAAAGGGAGCUCUCUGCGCCUUCCACACCCACGGGGACUUUGGAGUUUGAAGGUGGGGAAGUGUCACUGGAAGGUGGGAAGGUCAAAGGGAAAGCAGGGAAACUAAAAUUUGGUACCUUUGGGGGCUUGGGGUCAAAGAGCAAAGGUCACUAUGAAGUAACUGGGAGCGAUGAGGAGGCAGGCAAGUUACAGGGGAGUGGUGUGUCCCUGGCCUGUAAGAAGUCCCGACUGUCUUCGUCUUCUAGCAAUGACAGUGGGACCAAGGUUGGUGUCCAGCUUCCUGAGGUAGAGUUGUCAGUCUCCACCAAGAAAGAAUAGCAGGCCUUUGUUUGUGUGUACAUAUAUGUAUAUAUUAAAAAAAAAAGACAUCAGCCUCGGGUGUGUUUGUAUAUAAAAACUGCAAAGAGAAACACACUCAACAGCCUCAGCAAUAAUGCAAAGAUCUUGUCUCUUCUAGGGAUAAGCACUGAAAAAAAAAAAAAAAAAAGCCAACUGCCUGUAAAGCUCCUGGAACUUCCUAAGGAGACUUGCAAAGGCUCCAAGUUCAUCCAGUUCACAUACAAGGUCAACAGUAUUUGCCUUAAGAUUUCAGUUUUUUUUUCUCCUUAUUUGCAUUUGAAUGCUGAGAGCCCUUGUUUACUAAGCCAGCUUUUGUGUUUAUUAGUCUCAUUUUUACUGAACCAUUGUUAGUGUUUUGGGGUAAUGGAAACCCUCUUUUUCUUUUCAUUGUAAUGACUUUGGGGCUUUUGUUAGUAAGGGUGGGGUGGGGUAGAAGUCUCUUCUACGAUUGGAUUGACUCAAACAGCUAACACCCAAAGAUGGCUGGCCGAAGCUGCUGCUGUGGGCCAGGCCCAAGGGUGUGGUUAGAGUUCUAGCAGUGCUUUCUUUUUGGGGGGUGGCGUCCCAGUGGCUCGGCACUCCGGGAAGCGUGAAGUAUUGUAGAAUCUGUUUGCAGAUUUGUGGGGUUGGCUCUGAGCGAGGGGCUUCCAGUCUGCGUGCUGUAGUGGGGACAGUUUCCUUCCUGGGCACCAUGUUCCUUAAUGGUAGUUGUGAUUUCUCUUAACCAUGAUUCAAAAAAAAAAAAAAAAAAUUCCAGCACUUUAAUGGCGAAUUAAUUGAGAAUGUAAGAAAUGGAUGCUGUCAAAGGCAAAUAAAGCAGUUUAUUAACUCUGA